CGGCCCGGUCCGCUCCUGACCAUGCCACCUCCCGCGCCUCCCACAGAGCUGGUGCCGUCGGAGCGCGCCGUGGUGCUGCUAUCGUGCGCGCUCUCCGCGCUAGGCUCGGGCCUGCUGGUGGCCACGCACGCCCUGUGGCCCGACCUGCGCAGCCGGGCGCGGCGCCUGCUGCUCUUCCUGUCGCUGGCCGACCUGCUGUCGGCCGCCUCCUACUUCUACGGGGUGCUGCAGGACUUCGAGGGCCCCUCGUGGGACUGCGUGCUGCAGGGCGCGCUCUCCACCUUCGCCAACACCAGCUCCUUCUUCUGGACGGUAGCCAUCGCCCUCUACCUGUAUCUUAGCAUCGUCCGCACCUCGCGCGGCCCCGGAGACGGCCGCCUGCUUUGGGCUUUCCACGUCGUCAGCUGGGGGAUUCCGCUGGUCAUCACCGUGGCGGCUGUCACUCUAAGGAAGAUCGGCUACGACGCCUCGGACGUGUCCGUGGGCUGGUGCUGGAUCGACCUGGAGGCGGAGGACCGCGUGCUCUGGAUGCUGCUGACCGGGAAGCUGUGGGAGAUGCUCGCCUACGUCACGCUGCCCGUGAUCUACCUCCUCAUCCGGAAGCACAUCAACAGAGCGCAUGAGGCUCUCUCCGAGUACCGGCCCCUCGUGUCCCAGGCGCACCAGCUCCAGCGCCGCACCUCCGCGGCCGAUAAGAAGCUGGCCCUCAUCCCGCUCAUCUUCGUCUGCCUCCGGAUCUGGAGCACCGUGCGGUUCGUCCUGACCCUCUGUGGCUCCCCGGCAGUGCGGACGCCAGUGCUCGUGGUUCUGCACGGGAUCGGGAACACCUUUCAGGGGGGCGCCAACUGCAUCACGUUCGUCUUCUGCACCCGCACCGUCCGGACUCGUCUCCUCUCCCUCUGCUCCUGCUGCUGCCCUCAGGCUUCCGCUGCCGCCGAGAGCCCGCUGGGCCCCCCAAGGCCCCUGCGCCCUCCACAACGGGCGGGCGAGUCGCAGGGGCCCAGGCGGGCCGCGGAUGAACUUCCAAGCACCUGAGCUGCUGCCCCCCUAGUUCUGUGCGUGGGUGCUGCCGACCUGGGGCGGGCGGCGCCGAGUCCCCUCUGCAGGGAGCGGGGCGUCAGCUGCGCUGUCCGCCUUCGGCUGCCGAAGCUCAAGCCCCGUGGGGAGCAGCGCAGACUCGGCUUGUCUACCUCCUCGACCCUCAAGCACGACCCCCUCACACCGCAUCCUUCUGCACGCAGGGGAGUUCGCCAGCAUGAGGGCUGCACUGAGAUUCAGGGAAACCCGUGGGACCCGAUCACUGCCAGGUUGCCUGGCGGUCCGGGCGUCUUCGGCCUCAUGACCACACAGCACUGUUUACAGCUGGAGGG